GAACACAUUGCCGUCACGUCGCCGUCACUGCGCGCGCCGUGCGCCGACUUGCUCUUGGCCGUGUCACUGUUACCGUCGUUGUCGUACAACCGUCGUCGUCGUCGUCUGGUCGCCGCGCGCGCUUUUUAUACCGCUCUUGACGAGUGUUUACCUAUGGUUAUAAAAUACCCGAGUGAUAAUAAUAAUAAUAUUAUACCUGUGUGAUAAUAUUAAUAGUAAUAUUUGAAAAACACAAAUAGAUAUUAUUAUUUUAAUAGUAUAAUAUAAUAUAAUAUUAUAAUAAUAUAACAAUAUCACAUCGAUAGUUUUUUCGUUACUGUUGUUGUUAUUUUUAUUAUUAUUUUUCGUCAUCGUUGUUGUUGUUGUUGUUGUUUUUGUCGUGGUCGUCGACUGAAUAGAGUUGUUUUCGCGUUUCGUUGUCGGUUUAUUAUCUUUCGGAAUUUUAUCGAAAUUUUGACGGUCCAGUCGCGAAGUACCCGCGCCACACGCAAAAACAAAAAAAAAAUAAUAACGAUUUCGUGCGCUCAAACGGUUUCCGCGAUCGAGUGCCCCCCAACGACAUUAUAUUAUACAUGAAAAAAAGUUCUUCGUGUCGAGUUAUUAUUUAAUAUUUUCGAUUAGAUUUAAUUUCUUCUACGUUUUACCUUUUUGGUUUUUUAUCCGCCGAUUGUGCCUAUAUAUGACGUAUAGGUUUGACCGAACGGCGAAAGAAAUACUCUCGAAGACGACAAGAUUGUACACCGCACGAAAAACAUUAUUACGAACUUUUCGAAAAGCCGUUAGAUGUUUAAGCGCGCCGGUACCCUAUAAAAAACGCACUUACCUACCUUCACUGCAAGACAAUAUUAUUAAAGUCUGGGACGUUCACACCCCACCUACAAGGUUGUCGUUACCACGCAUUGUUUUAUUAUAAUAAUAUAUGAUGGACGCCUCUCUACUGGCAUCAUCCACCACGACGGCCGCCGCGCACACGAUCGCCGUGGCCACGUCGACUACCGUUGUGGCCACGGUGGCCCGCAGCGCCCAGCGCAAUGGCACGCACCGUGGAGCAGUCAACGUGCACGGCCGACUAAUGUACGAUGAGAUCGUCAUCAAUGACGUCUGGAUCAACGCCAUCCUGUCCACGUUGGCUCUGUCGUGCGCCGCUUGCGUCUGCCUGUGCUUCUUGUACUGCAAAAUCCAACAGUGGAAACAUGGAGUUCAGCGGAGGAGGAACGAGAAGAACUCGCGAAAGUAUGACGCCGACUCUCUGCCCAGCUACACGAUCGUCACUGGACUGCCCACGUACGACGAGGCUGUGGAGCGCAUGAACGGUGGCCACAACUACGGCGGCGCAGCGUCCAUCCGCGACAACAAGCCGCCGUCCAAGCACUUGUCCGUCUCCGUGGUUCAUAUCCGGGAUGACGUGCCAACGCCGCCGAAGCCCGACCCCAAGUUCGGGCUGGUGUCGCACAGCCUGUUCGUGCACGACGACGGAUGCAGCCACUGCCUGUCCGUCCAGGAGCUGUUGGAGACCUACAACGUGCGAUAGGCCUGCUGCACGUCCGCCCGCCACCCCGCCCUCUACCCAACACACCCAACCCCUUCACGCCCAUCGCGCCGCCCGAUUUAAUAAUUUUAUUUUAAUAUAUUAUUAUUGUUGCUGUUGAUAGAGAAUGUGACGCGAUGUGACGUGGCAGACGCGCGACGUACACGUGCUGUCGCUUAUGAUUUUCCGCACAGUUCGCACGCCUAGAGUACAAGUGUAAUAUAUCAUAGGUAUAUUGUUGCCAUGUCUUACGUACCACAUAAUCUAAACGCCGUGUCCAGAGACCCGUGUAAAGCCGAUGAUAUAUUAUGUCGAGACGUGAGCCACGUACCGGCCACGACAACAUUAUUGGGAUCGUUUUGUAAUAUUAUAUAUUAUUAUAUGCACUCUGUCGAGAUUUCCCCGUCCAGCGUGUGGUGUAAUUUCGUAUUCUUCCUUCCCGAUAAGGUCAAAAUACCAUCAGAGACUGCUGCAGCGAAAGUUGCAGCACGCAUUGUCCAAGGGGAUGGCCGAUCCCUCGUCGAUUCCCCAUUGCUGAUAUUCCCAUUUUACAACAGGUAUAGCCCUAUCGGAUACCGUUUAAAUUUAGAGCUUCUGUUCACUUCUACAGAUCAAGUCUGUUCACAGCUACACUGAAAUUCUGCAUAGUCGAGCACUCGUUUUCUUAAAAUAACAUUUAACAUUUUUUCAUUCGAAUUGCUAGUACAUACAUCAAUAAUUAUGUACUGUUCAUGUUUAUUCGGACUUCAUAUUGCGAACCAUUAAUAUUGCUUCAAAGAAAACUCAUACACUUAACUUUAAAAACAAAUUAGAAAACAGAAAAUAAAAUAUACAAAUCAUAGACCGAUUUGGCUCACGAGGGUGAAGGAGGAACUAUAUAGAUACGUAUAUAUGUAGUAUCAGUAUGGAAACCAAGUGAAUUAACCAACACCCGAAAGAAACACAAUAAUAUGACAAACAAAAACACGGAGAGUGGGUUCUGACAAAUUUAUAUCAAUAAUUAUUAGUUAUUAUAAUACACGAAUAGAUGAAACCUCGUUUAAGUAAUGUAAUUUUUAAAACUUGAUUGCUGGUAAAAAUAUCAAACAUUAUAGUUUUUUUAAUAAAAUACACCUACUUUUGUUUUAUUGCUCCGUCACUAAUGCAGCUCGACACACAAACUUACAUCAAAAAAUCGUCAGAACCCUCUGCGACCGCACUUGGUAACGUCAUAGAAUUUACAUACUAGUCUGUGUUUCUCAUCGAAGGAUGUUCAAGCAUAACUGUUGGAUAUUAAUUGAUCAUCGGUUUUCAAACGAUAUUUUUCAUCUUCAUAAACAGCAAAAAAAAUGUCUCAUUAGUACGAAACAUAAUAUAAUUGCAACAAUCGCUGUAACGGGAAAUGUCAUCGAUGGGUUUUAUUAUAACAUAUUAUUACCUAUAAUAACAUGUCACUGGAAUCUGAACAUCAAUUGUAUACAUCAAAUAUAUAAUAUUAUAAUUUCAUUGAGUGCCCUAAGGUCACGUUUUUCCGCGAUUCGAAUCCUAUAUAAAUUAAUAUAAUAGUAUAGUGCUUAGUGAUUUUUACGGGUAGAAAAGAUAAUACUACAUUAAAAUAAAUACAAGUACGGAAAUUAUCGUUACACGUAUUUUUGCAGUUAACUUUAGUCACCUUAUUAGUGCACUUGCAGGCGACAAGGUGACGGACUCUUGUCCUCACCUCCACCCAAUUGCACACCAUACAUUAUCACGAGAUACUUACGCGUUACGAGAUUUCAACAAUCUCAUAAUAACUUACUUGUGCACUACUUUAGUCGUCAUUUUAACUAAUAUUAUUGAAAAUCAAAUGAAAUUCUUUUAACUGUAGACGAUUGUACACCCCUCAUAUAACACAGUUGCACCGACAAAGCUCCGCCGCCGUUUAUAAUAAAACUAUGUAUUAAUAUUAUUUUCACCGGAAAGCGAGCAUUUUUAUUUUCGUCAGCCAGACGACCCUUUUCUCUCGCCCCGCACAUCAAAAAAUGUAUACCGCGGAUACCUCUGUUACAUGUUAUAUAGGGUUAGACGAAUAUUAAUGCACUAAAAUAUUACACCCACACCCUCGUAAAACACAUGUCGCCGGCAAUCCUAUGAUACAGUAAAAUACUAUAAUAUAAUACUGCACCUUUACGCUCCUCGAAAAGCCUUUGUGCCCGGGACUUCCGUUACGCUUACGACUUUGACUUUGAAUUGUGUCUCGUUUUUUGUUUUCCGUCUACAUAUAAUAUCCGCGUAUACAUAUAUGUGUAUGGCGACGUACUUGUUUAUCGAUCGCUCCUCCGAACGGACGAGACCAUAAACAUAUUUUAUACAUUUCAAUAUAUAUUGUAAUACAUCGUCGCGGUGCAGAAGAUAGAUAUUAUUUAGCUAGCUGGGCGUUUUAGGUCUAAAGUGCAAAGGACCAAUUGAAAAGUUCAAAAUCGAAAAUCCAGUGACCAACCAUCGCUUUAAAAAAUAUUACCACACUAUAUUGUUUACAACUAUCCCCUCAUAGGCAUAAAAAAAUGUACCUAAUUAAAAAUAUAACAUUUUUGAUUUUUGAUUAAUAUGACAGGCGAAUUGCUUUUAUUUCUGUCGAGUUGCGCUCGGCACAGAAAAAUGUAAUUAUUGCACUUGUUCGAAUCACGUUGCACUCCCAAAAACCUACAUCGCCACGGUGCAGUAUUCAACUCCACUUAACACCUCAUUUACACCUUUCUUUUUUAUAAAAAAUGUAUAAUAUUAUUCUCUUAUACAGUUAAAUUAAAUCACAGCCACGUUCGCUUUUUAACGAUUUGUUAAUCACUCGGCGCAGACGUGAGAAAGAUAUCUACACGCAUGCAAAAUUGUAUAUAAUAUAAAAUGUUCAACUAAAAUUAAUAUGUUCUUAAUAUGAUCCAAUAGUGCAAUAAACUUAAUUUUUUUUAAGCCGAGUGCCAAUUGAACAUUUUAGCUUAGGAGAACAUUUUACACGUUCCGUGAGAGGAAGUUCGGACCCCGAGUCCACACCUCUUCCUCCCCUGAAUUGUGUGUACGCUUUUGGUGUUUUCCCGCUGUCUUUGCUGAAUGAUAAACGUUAGAUCCAGGUUAAUCGCAUAAUAGAAAUAAUAGCACAACACUAUUUUAUAUUCCCUAUUCCCUAACAUUAUUUAUAUAUUAUUAUAAUAUAAUUGUACCUACGCGGCGUUUUAAUAUUGUGUGCAUUAGUUAGCACCAGUUUUGUGAGUUUAAAUGAAAUAACGCACGCAUCGCCGUCGACGCUUAAAAAAGUUUGUCUUUUGGUCGAAUCGUGUUCAGAAAUUCUAUUAUAGAUAGUCGCGCACCUUUAUAAUAAA